AUGACGACAGCUACACCACUGGGAAAUAAUACCCUGUCUCCAACAAAUGUGACCACAAAGUCUCAAGAAGAAAUUCUUUAUCAGAGUUCUGGAGCAAUCGUAGCUGCCAUCGUAGUUGGAGUGAUUAUUAUAUUCACAGUGGUUCUGCUCAUGUUGAAAAUGUAUAACAGACACAUGAGGGCAAAACGAGAGCUGGAACCCACAAGCACCAAAGCCAAGACCCCACCUACUUUCGGUCAGAACAGUACCAAUGCUAAUCAACCCACAACAGUAACUAUCAUACCAGUGGACAUCCAUAUGCAGAACAGAUGA